GGGGGUGGUGCUGGUGGUGCUGGAGGAUUGUCGAGUAAUGUUGUACAGUUCGGGGUUUUUACUCCCUCUUCACCGCCACAGUUUCUGUCUCGCCGCCGGACGCUACAGGAAGGGAGGAAGCUCACGAGGUACUAAUUACGAAGUUUAACUGCGCUUGGUUCUGCUGUAAUACGUUAAAAACGUUGAUUUCGUUAAAACCCACACGUAGGUUUUUGUGGCAUUACCUUGCUGACAACGUCAACAUAUGCACACUGCGGGCGGUGGGGGAGUGAAAGCCUACGGUAGCAGGGACUCCCGUCUUGCUGCGUCCUUCCCCGCAAGAAAAAAAACAUUCAGCGAGAAAACGAAAUCCGUUCAGUGACCAAAAAAAAUGUAACUGCGGGUGAAAUUCUACAAACUCGUUGUUUCAACGAAGAUGCAGCGAUAAAGUAAAAAAAUAAACCACACCGCAGACAACGUUCAGACGUUGUGUGGGGCUCCGACCGUCGCAUACGAGUGCUGAUCGUGAUUAUAAUGGAGGAAUAAUAAACAAAACAAAAAAAUACUUUAAAGUUGCCGCCAGGGACAUUUUCUGCAUAUAAGUUUGUUGGCCACAAAGUGCCGAAAUGUAAUUUUCAAGACAUCCCGAGAGCCAUCGGCACGGCCUCUCACACUCACAAGCUGAGUGUUGCGUGCAGCCGUGCUGGGCGGCGCCGACCGUUGCUGGGGCUGGCGGUGAUGCAGCGCGCCUCCCCUGUCGCCGCCGCCCCCCCGGCACUCACCGCGCCACGCCGCCGCAUGCUGCUCGGGGUCUUCAUCCUCCUCCUCGUCGACAUCAUCUGGGUCGCCUCCUCUGAGCUCACCUGGUAUGCUUUCCGCACAUUUGAGAAGCCCUUUUUCAGUACAUUUGCCAAGACUUCCAUGUUUGUGGUCUACCUACUUGGGUUCCUGCUCUGGAAGCCGUGGCGCGAGAAGUGCAUGCAGGGGGUCUGCUUGGCGCACAGCGUUCCGUUUAUUGAGACGGAUGUUGGUUGCAUUAGCACCAAAAGCCGCAGUGAAGCCAGCGCCAAUUCCUUGUUGGGUGAACCACUGUACAUGCCCGUGAAUUUUAAUGACUCCAGUGGAGAACAAAGCAACAGCGUUGAGGGCAAUGAUACAGAAGAUCCUGGCGACGCCAAGAGGCCACGCGUGCGCUUCAGCAAGCUGACGGAGGUGCGGCAGCUGCCGUCGAGGGAUGCGCUGGCUGCCAAGCUGUCACGCAUGUCCUACUGGGCCGGGAGAGACCACGAGGCGGCCAUCCGGGCCGCGGGCAAGCUUCCUGUGGGCCAGGUCGCCAAGAUCAGCCUGCUGUUGUGCUUUGUGUGGUUCAUGGCCAAUUUGUCCUUUCAAACAGCACUGGUAAAAACCCAGGUCGCCAUUGUGAACAUUCUCACCUCUACAUCUGGUCUGUUCACGCUGGUGCUGGCUGGUGUGUUCCCCAGUAACAGCGGAGAUCGCUUCACUCUCUCAAAACUGUUGGCUGUUGGCCUCAGUAUUGGUGGCGAGGUGCUGGUGAGGGUGUCUCUCAGCACACAGCCAGGAGACAAACAAGAGCUUGGCUUCGUGUGCUCUUUGGCGGGCGCGGCACUCUACGCAGUGUACGUGGUGAUUCUCAAGAGGCGGGUAGAGAGGGAGGACAAGGUGGACCUGCCCAUGUUCCUUGGCUUUUUGGGAUUGUUCUGCAUGCUGUUCUUUUGGCCGGCGUUCUUCCUGCUGCAUUAUACGGGGCUGGAGCCAUUCGAGCUUCCUAGCCGCACAGUCUGGCUCUGCCUGCUGCUCAACGGCAUUUUGGGCACUGCCAUCACUGAGGCUCUCUGGCUCUGGGGCUGCUUCUUGACGUCAUCGCUCAUGGGAACUCUGGCGCUCAGCCUAACUGUACCCUUGGCUGUCUUAGCCGAUAUUUUCUUCAGGAAGGUGCAGUUCACGUGGCUCUUCUUCCUGGGCUGCACACCCAUCUUCCUGGCAUUCGCGGCAGCGGCAACGCUCUGCCACUACAACAAUUGGGACCCCGCCACAGUGGGCCUACGCCGCAUCUUCGCCUUCCUGUGCCGGCGGCAGCGCAUGCAGAGGACGAGUGACCCCGAGCAAUGUGAGAGCCUCAUACCCCUGCAGACAGUGCCAGCCCCCGGAGGCAGCCGCGCGUGACGCCAAGUGACGCUCAACCAAUGCUGAUACAGCCACAACUCUCAACUUGGAUGCAGAGCUGUUCCGUGUUAUGUUGGAUGGGCAGACGUGCGGGCGGGAGAGGACAAACCAAAAAUAUAUUCCCUCCUCUUGAAGGACUGCUCCAGUAGCAAAAAAUGCCAAAUUAUAUAUAUAGAUAUAAAUGUGCGCGUGUGUGUAUAUAUCUACAGUAUAUAUAAUAAUACUUUCAAUCAAAGUGAGCGACUCGGUGCAUUACCUUCUGAUGAAUAAUAUUCAGCAAGUUAUUUAUUUAACAAUUUAUGUAAACAAUCGAGUCGAGCAGCAAUAACUUCGUAUAUAUAACAUGGUAAAUUAACCUGGAAAUGCUGCUUUUUUUGCCAACUACGAAUUAAAGUUGCGUGGUAAAACAUUGCUGAAGAAUUGAAGAACAUUGACAGUUCAAAAAAUAAAACAUUCUUAGGCAAGUCUCAAAAUACUAUAGUUUUAAGCUUAGUGAAACAAGGUACAGUAUUGUCACCAUUAUUUCUGUUAGGUAUAAGGGUUUUUUUUCUUUAGUUUAGCUGGAGCAGCCUUUUAAGACCUGGUACACUGGAAAAGGAGAGCAAUGGUGCUUAAUCUUUAUGGUAUAUGUUAAUAUUUGUUUGCAGUGUCGAAUGUCUUCCUGGAUAUAUAACUGCGAGAUACAUAAACAAAGAGCCUUUUCGCUGUGUUAACAAUAGAUGUCUUAAUUAUUUUAAAGACCUCAAUCUAGACUGCUUGAUUUAAGCUGUGCAGACUUACCAUAUUAUUGUCAACAUGGCUUUUAUUUUUACGCGAGGUGCGAAUCUGGUUUUACUGCUAUGAAUAUCUGUACAAGUAAAUUUGUACAUCGAUAUAUUAAUACGCUGUGACUAGCACCCAUUGUCACACUGGCAUUUUAAAGUUUGUUUUUGCUUUUUUAAUACUAGCGCAUUGUAAGAUGAAGUGGAAUAACAUUCUCAGGUUUUUAGUGUAUAAUACCACCGCUGCCUGCAGAUGGCACAAUUUCCUGUGCAUGUAUUCACGAUUCACAUAACUGAAAAUAACUGGAAAAUGCGUUCAUGUUAUGAUGAUUCAAGUACCUCCUGAGAAACUGAAGCCAUGUUGAUUACUGCGACAGCAGAGUCCAACGUGUUUUCUCUUUUUGUGAAUAAUUUUGCUGAUGAAAUAAUAUGCUACAUUUGAUGGUUGACAUGCACUCGUUUUUAUUUUUAAAAGACCAUGGUAUACUCUUGUACACCAUAGUAUUUUACGUAAUUGUACUUUGUUCACAGUAUACCAUGGCACUUUUAUAUAGCGAGGAUUUAUUGUUAAGGUUUACAGGUUUUUUUUUACAUUUUAUGGGAGCUCAUUAAAGAUGGAGAUGUGCUUUGGCCUUUCACAAUAUAUUCUUAUAAUGGGAUUGUGUUUUUCAAGACUGCUUAUCUCCUGAAACCUUAGUGUUUCUAGAAAUGUGGUAAUAUUUAAUUAGUAGUUGGUGUAUAGCUGAAGGAUGGGGUGCACACAAGUUAAAAAUCUUCUGGUCCAAUUUUACCAAAAUUGUGCAAUUAUUUAAAUUAACUCUGCAUAUUCUCACUCAAUCCAAAAGGAAUGUAGUUAACCUUCCUUUGAACUGCAAGCUGAAUGGGAUGUUGGGAAAACAUGUUCUCUUCUGAGCACACGAGGAGGAGUUUAGUAACUUAAUGACUGGAUAUGUUCAUUUGCUUUGUAAAUAUAUUUCUUGAGGUGUUUAAGAUGUCACUGAAUGGUGAGCUUCAGCAAAAGCACAAGUCGGAAUAUUUGUUUGCUUAUAUCCACGAUGCCUUGCUCAUGCUGGUAUGAUCACAGCAUUUGUAAUAUUCUUUGAUCUACAAUGUUUUUUUUUAAAGUUAAAUAGCAUUUACUGCUCUUGGAAUAUCAAAAUCCAACGGUAAAAUGAGCUAAAAACCAGUUAUUUGAUUAAAUGUUCAACACAAUAUGAUGUUCUAAAAGAACACUGUCCUUUGUUGAAUACAAACACCGUAAGAUUACAUGUAAUUUAGAUGAUCACAAAACCAAGUUAUUGCUGCUUUUUAACUUAGAAAGUGAUGUUGCUGCAUUGCCUUAAAUUCGUAAAAUUCAGAAGUCAUGUCAUGAAGUCAUGUCAUGAAAUGUGACAGACUAUUGUAGGAGUAUGCUGCUGUGAGACAAUGUCCUGUUUACUUCCCCACUAACCCUGUGCUGCAACUUGAUGGCAGAUGCUUGUUGACCGUGAAUCUAAAUCUGGACUUGCCUUGUACCAACCAUGUGGUCUUAUCCGAUUAAUAAUGCACAUGUUUUAGAAAGCAGUCUUUAACCGAUUCACAGUAAAAGAGUGGGGUCAACAAGAGCUCUUAUUUUAAUCUCGGUGUGUACAGUUGGCAGCUCAACUAAGUUAUAAAACUAGCAAAGUGGAUGUAUAAAAUGUAACACGUUUUUAGAUCACACUGGCCUGUCUUAUGGACACCACAAAAUUGUUAACACGAUUCAUAAAAAACGUAUAAUUGCUAUUUUUAGGUAUCUAGUUUUAGGAAUGGAUUGGUCUCAUUGUGCUGGCCCAGUAGCACAAAGUAACAGCUAUGGACUGGCUGUUAUGAUUAUCUUUUAAGGAUAAACCAGUAUAUAGUGCUGCUGUGUUGUAUUGUUGCUUAUCAGCCACAAUUUUAAAUGUAAAUAGCUGGUGUUACUUUGGGUUCAUAAUGCACGUGAAAAUACAGAAGCCGUGUUUGCAUUCUCUAUUGUGCAGGCAAUUACGCCCAGUCGGUAAUGAAUUACUAGAUCAGGUAUUUAAAUAUUACAUCAGCAUUGUAAGCAAGCUGGGUAGAAAUGCUUAUCUUCCCAAAGCUUCCAGUCCCAAAAAUGGUGUUUUAUUAAGGUAUUGGAAUGUGCCAUUUUUUUUAUUAAAUCUCACUACGUGUUGUUUUGAUGCGUUUUUAUACCUUAUGGCCAUCUUCGGCUUUGGACUAAACCACUGAAAGUAAGCAUAAGCUGUUGGGGCAUAACCAUUGUGAGCAAACCGGUACACUGAAAGAUGGGCACAUUUAAUGGUGUGUAGCAUGUACAUAUUGAACACAGUAUUGCACAAGUUAACAAAUGCACAAAACUGAAGUUCAAAGAUUGAGUCGCUGAGCUAGAAAAAAAACAUUCGUGUUGCCCAGAUGAUGGUGGUAGCAUCCAUUGCUUUUUGUGAUCCGACUGCCAACAUUGAAAGCCCGGCCAGAAUUAUCUGGCCUAAUUACAUUCCAGGGUUCUGGACUCGACCCUUAAGUCAGUGCUUUUCAAUCUCCCUGUGCUCGCCCAUAAAUAAUAGAUGUUUUCAAUUUCCAGUAACCACCUUUGUAAAUUAGAUAUUUUAUUAUCAUGGUUCUCAAACAAGAAAAUCAAACAUCACAGCAGCAGUCAUUUAAACAAGGUACUGUAACAUUUUGCGAGGAAUCCUUAAUUUUUUUCUCUCUCUAAUGCAACAUUGAAAAUAUUCUUGAAAUGUGAUUGCUUUAUAACAUUUAAAACCCUUGAACAUUGUCCCUUUAGCAGAAAAGUAUGCGUAAUAUAAUCAAGGUGCCUAUAAUAGUGGAAAACUGGACAAAUGAGGCAUUCCUAUUUCGUCAUCUGCAUACCCCAAUGCCUCCAAGGUUUUGAAUGAGCAAUAUCACCAGAUAAGUUAUUUUAUAAUCAUUAUUCAAAGUGUACUUAGUGUUGAAAUUUGUUUAUCAGCACUUUCAUAAUAUGCUCCUUUGUCAGUCCACUGCUGGAUGAAGGCUUCCCCAUGUUGUUAGAAAUGGGGGUUGUUUGGCCAUGGUUGAAUCAAAUAUUACUUUGACACAAUUGUAUAUGAAGCACAGCUGAUGUUUUCAGCUUGUCACCAACUGGGCACCAAGAUUUUCCAAUUGAUAUAUAUUGUAGGCCUAAUUGUCACAUUGAAAUUUCAAUGCAUUGAAUGAUUAAUGAAAAUCACAUCAGUUUAUAGAAUGAAACAUCUGUUGCACAUAGGACAAACUAUUUUGUGCUGAUUCUAGAUUUGAAGCUUUCGUGAAUGCAAGGAUUCAUACUCUUUGGUUUUUUUAGGUUAAGUCACGUAGGUAAAAUAAAUAAAUGAAAACAACUAAAUUAAAUCACAACGUUUCGGAGACAACAAGCUUCCGUCUUGUGUUGCCUCCGAAACGUGACUUAAUUUAGUUUUAUUUUAUUUUACCUACGUAACUUUACCGAAAAAACCAAAGAGUAUUUUGUGCUGGCAAAAAAGUGUCUCAUAUCUGAAAAAUGGUAAGUAGUGCUUUGAUUGCAAAAACAUGGGUUUAUGUAAACCACUAUUCACUUUUAUGCUUGUUGUGUGCCUCUCCAUUGGGGAUAUGGUCACAUGUACCCAAGUUUCACCUGAACUUGACACUGGAGAAUAACGAUUCACUCCCCAACGCCACCAACAAUGCAAUUCAUCUUGAUAAUUUGGGAUCUUCAGUCAAGUAUAUUUUUAUUAUCUUGUCCAUCUUAUUUGUUCCAGCUCAAUUAUUUUGGUGUACUCUUAGCCUUAAAAAUAAUUGGUAUCUAAUAACUACAUACUUUACAUUUAUUUUUAGUCAUCAGUUCUUAUAGAUGCUCAAUUCAACGCACGCACCUUAAAAUUAAGACUUUAUUUUAAGCUGUCACUGAAUCGUUAGACGUUUAACCUCAUCCAAUAAAACUCAACCAAGAAAGUUAACCACCAUCACAGUGGAAGACCAUGGGUUAAGUUAAGUGGCUGUUUUGGAAAUAAAAGGAUGAUUUUGAAACUGCUGUUUUUAGUUAUCCAAAACAUUCAUGAAAUAAAAUGAGAAUUUAUUUUAAAAAAUUA